AUGCCUGUGAUUUCGCCUCUAAAUAUUCUAGAAUCCACACCUGUUGCUAAUGAGUUGCCUGUGUGUGAUGAUUAUUAUGAAGAAGAUGAUGGAUUUUCAACAAAUUCUAGGCCUACUACUACAACAGUGACCACUUCUACUUCAAGAACUGUAGUUGAAGAUGAUUCAGAAGAUGGAGAACAAGAAUUUGAAAGACAAAGAAUGGGUGAAAAAACAAAUUUUGACAUUUCUGGAAAUGGAGAAAGUAGUGAUUCAGUGUCACUGACAACUGCCAUUCCUAAGGCAAAAGAAAAAGGCAAGCAGAAAAAGGAUAGUGCUACAGUUAACCAAUAUCGUAUCAAUUCGGAUAAACGAAAACGAGGUGAAAAGAGAAAUCAGGUAGCAGAGGCUCUUUCAGAAUUGGCUGCUGCUUUUAAGAAAAGUGAUGAGAUGAUGUUUUCUCUGAAAGAGAAGCGCAUUAAAAUGGAGGUAGAAGCUGAAGAGAAAUGA